AUGCCAUUGAAUCGCCAAUAUGACCUAUUGAAAGGCUCUUGCACUCAAACAGACACUGAAAGUAAUCCCUGGUGGAGAGUGGAUCUUAUAAAGACGUAUACAAUUGCAUCAGUGGCUCUUACCAACCCCGGUGACUGCUGCUCUGAGAAACUCAACGGAGUGGUGAUUCACAUUGGAGAUUCACUAGAGUCUGAGGGCCGUACAAACCCGGUGUGUGUUAAAGUGUCCUUCAUCCCUGCGGGAGGGACGGGGACGUUCAGGUGUGGAGGUGCACUUCAAGGCUGUUAUGUGACUUUGGCUCUUCCAGGGGAAAACAGGACUCUGAGCUUGUGUGAAGUGGAGGUGUCCGGGCUUCCAACAGAAUAA